AUCGACGAGAAGGUGUGCAGGCUCAUCCUGCACGAAUACAAGAUUCACAACGCGGAGAUUCUGAUGAGGUGCGACGCCACCAUCGACGAGCUCAUCGACGUCAUCGUGGGCCGCGCCCACUACGUCAAGGCCCUCUACGUGUACAACAAGAUCGAUCAGCUCUCCAUUGAGGAGGUGGACAAGCUCGCCAGGCGACCCCACUCGGUCGUGAUCUCUGCCGGCCUGCAGCUCAACCUCAUGGACGGCCUCCUGCCCGCCAUCUGGGAGUACCUCGACCUCGUCCGAGUCUACACCAAGCGCCGCGGCCUGCCGCCCGAUUUCUCUGAGCCCAUCGUCAUGCGUACCGGAGCCACCGUGGAAGAUGUCUGCAGGCUCAUCCACAAGGAUCUGGUGGACCAGUUCAAGUACGCGCUCGUGUGGGGCGCCUCGGCCAAGCACACGCCGCAGAGGGUCGGUCUCAAGCACCGGCUGCUCGAUGAGGACGUCAUCUACCUCUCCAAGAAGUAG